GACUGUCGCCUUUCGGGCUCAAGUUUAUACUCAAAUAUGAACUGCUUUAUUUCUCUUGUGCUUCAUUAUGUCUCAGAGAGCAGCUACAUCAAAGGAUUUGCGCAUGUAGAAGUAUUUUAAUUUACACGUUUUGUAGACAAAUACUCUCGUUUAUCUUAUUUGUCACACUAUCAUUUACCAGGAGCUGUCAAUGCAGUUUCCUAGGAAAGGCAGUUCUGCGUAUUUGCCGUCUCUUAAAGGAAGAUUGUGUUUUUUUUAUUCCUGCAUGCACGUGCGCAAUGAACCAUUCACUCGCAAUAAGGACGGAAUAAUAACGUUUAUGAAGCUCAUGACGAUUGUCAUUUCGUUAAUUUAUCCAAUUAAAACAAAACAAAACAAAAUUAUAGCAGUUGUGGCUGACCUUUGUAAUAUUUAAUGGAGAUUAACUCUCCAUUAACUUUCCACCACUUUCAUUUAUCACUUUAUAAGUGUAUUUCAAAUAACCAAUUAGAAAUGAGCUAUACAGUGGAAUCGCUAUCAAACGAGAGCACCACCCUCCUCAGUGAGGUGACAGUAGAAGCUGUAAGGCUGUAGCCUAAUAUAAAGAAUUUACUGGACGAAAACAAUUUGGAGAUCCGCGCAGCCAAACAAAGUCCACGAGCGUUUUGGAAGACUUCACACAUGUUUUGGUUGAUUGUAAGAGUCAGUCGUCUUUGAGGGAUAAUUAUAGACAUUGACUGGAUGCAGAACGCGGUUCUCCAAUGACCUGUCACUCAUCCGACUCCACGGAAAGCAUCGAGAAUGAAAGCAGAUCGCAAACCGAAACCCAGGUCACGGAGUCCGAACAGAGUCGCAUUGCCACUGCCAUGAGAGACCUUAAAAACACUGCAGGCUGGUAUUGGGGCAGCCUGACAGCCAACGAAGCCAAGGAGAUCCUGCAGGACACGUCGGAGGGCACUUUUCUGGUCCGGGACAGCUCUCAGAGGGACUACCUUUUCACCAUCUCCGCCAUGACAUCUGCGGGACCAACCAACCUGCGUAUUGAAUACAAGGACGGCAAGUUCAAGCUGGACUCCGUGGUGCUGGUCAAGCCCAAACUCAAGCAGUUCGACAGUGUCGUCCAUCUCGUGGAGCACUACGUGCAGCUGUCCCGGACGUCUUGUAAGGACAGGACUACCCCUCUCGCCCCAUUCAACGGCACCGUGCAGCUGCUGCUCACGACGCCCGUGUACACGGCCACACCGUCUCUGCAGCAUCUGUGUCGUAUUGCCAUCAAUAAAACCACACGGCGAGUACAAGAACUUCCUUUGCCUAACCGGCUGAAGGAUUACCUGACAGACUACACCUAUAAUGUAUAGAACCGUGUGAACGACAAUGACCAUAAGUGCUGUGGUUCUAUGGAUCAUAGACCCAGUGAUAAUAGGGUGCUAAUGUCAUGUCCCUCUCCUUGUGCCCAAGGACUACUUUAAAGUGAUAGUUCGGCCAGAAAUGUAAUUAAUUACUCAGCCACAUGUCCUUCCAACAUAAACCAUGUUGUUUGACGUUCUUUCUUCUGUGGAACACAAAAGAAGAUAUUCUGUUCAAUAGAAGUCAAUGGGGACCAAAACAACACUGCACUCCAUUGACUGUCAUUGUAUAUCAAGACAUUUUUCAAAAUAUCUUCCCUGUUCUGCAAAAGAAAAAAAGUCGUACAGGUUUAGGAUAUCAUGUGGGCAGGUAUUCUUUUAAAGAGCGAGUGAGCAGCACGUGUGAGGCACACUACCUACACCCAAAUCCGUGGGUUUCUAAUCUGCCUCAGAUGUACAGAACGUGUCAAGGUGUGGUAGUGAAUAAAAUGAACAGUUCAACCGCAUGUUGUUCCAAACUCGAUUUUCUUUCUUCUGUGGAACACAAAACGAGAUAUUAAGAAUGUUGUAGCUGUUUUUGUCCAUAUAUUAAAAUCAAUGGGGUCCAAACCUGUCAAGCUCAAAACUAUUAAGGACAUACAGGUACACUCUUAAAAAUAACUUUCUUUUUUUUUAUGUUCUCCAAGAACCUUCCAGUGAGUAGUUCUUAAAAGAACAAUUUUGGUCUUAGUGUGAAUCAAAAACCUUUUUUCACUUAUAAACUUUUGUCCAAUGGAAAGCUUCCAUUGAUGUGUUAAAGUUUUAAAGAACCUUUUAUUUUUAGUAUGAAAUGAAUCCAUUCAACUCAAAGCACGCAUACACAGACCAUAUCAACUGGCGACACGAACGUCAUGGUGUUAAACCUCGGAUGUUAACUGACAUUUGAGGUAUCUUUUUUUUGUGCUCCACAGAAGAAAGAAAGCUAUAUGAUUUUUGAACAGCAUGAGGGUGAGUAAAUGAUUACAGAAUUUUCAUUUUUGGGUGAACUAUUCCUUAUUGUUGUCUGAGAUGUUUUGUAUCCUGUGUUUGAGACAUGGGAGUUUGUAACUGAAUGCUUUUUUGAGUAUGUUUUAUUUGCUCAUUAUCCAUGUUAUAUUUUUGUACUGUAGUCAUAGAUGAUCUUUUGAUGUCAUGGUUGCCCAAGGAACUGGGAAUUGGCAAGUACCUUGCGAUAUGAUACUGUAUAUCCUGAUGUGUCAUCAUGAUAAUGUAAUACCUACUGGAAAAUGACAUUUAAAAAUAGCCCUUUUAAAAAACAUACUACUGUUCAAUAUAUAUAUAUAUAUUGAUCAAAGUGUGAGUAAAGAAAUUAGAAAUUAAUAAUGUUACAAAAUAUGUUCUUUUGAACUUUCUUGUCAUCAAAGAAUCCUGAAAACAUGUAGCCUAUUGUUUGACAAUAAUAUUAAGCAGCACAACUUUUUUCAACAUUCAUAAUAAUAAGAAGUGCUUCUGAAGCAGCAAAUCCGCAUAUUAGAAAGAUUUCUUUUUUGACACUGGAUCAUGUGACACUAAAUACUGGAGUAUCUGGAGUGCCAUCACAGGAAUAAAUAACGUUUUAAUAUAUAUUUAAACAGUUAUUUGAAACACAUUUUUACUGUAUUUUUGAUCAAGUAAAUGCACCUCGCAUGCACAAGAUUUCUUCCAAAAAUCUGAUGUACCCCAAAACUUUGAAAAGUAAUGUACAUAAAAAUCUUAAGGUGGAAUGUAAAAGUUCAAACGUGCUAACACAGGUUCUUGCCAUUCUCCAGGCUUUAAGCGUGUGCAUUUUUGAAAAUGAAAUAUUCCACCGGCUAAGUAUUUUGUUGCACAUUCUGAACCAAGAGUUAAUUUAUCAGCAUGGAUUGUUCUGCUUUUGUUGCAUAUGGUCAACAAGCAUUGGCCUGUGUUAACCCUGUCUCAGGAGGGUGUCUUAAUAAAUCUGCAUGCUGAUUGGUCGCAUCUGGAGAAUAUUUGAUUUUAUACUGAAGUGUAAUAAUUUUUGACACAGACCAAAAAAAAAGGCGUACUAGGUCAGAAGCUUUUUCUUUUCUUCUCAUGGUGAGAUUUUAAGAAAAAUCGGAUUUUCCUUUCAAGUUCCAUACUAAUCUGACCUCCUUUCUAUUUCAGUUUAACGAUAGGCUAAUAUUAUUCCUUGAAGAAUGGGGCGCUCAAUGUCCUAAUCACCUGGAUUAGUGUUUUCCUGCAUUUUCUCACCAUACUUAGUAUUUCAAUUAAAGCAUUCGGGUCGUAUUAUCCCAAAAAGCAUUCUCUGAAAAAGAUUAUGAUUGGUGGCUUGAUUUUGAUUCUUUUUUUUAAGUUAAGAAAUGACACCAAAUUUUUUUUCAUUUGAAUUUUGACCUGAAUCAUUAGGAAACUAAACUCAGAUCAACAUAAAUGGUCAUUCUGCCCACAUAUUUCAGAUCUAAUAUACUAAUGUCAUUUUUAUUUGUCGUCUUCCUGGAGGACAUGGUAUAGGGUGGGAAUCAUGCAUAAGUCUGAUAUGACCUCUUUGCCACUACACAAUUUCUUACAACUUUGUGCUCAGGAGUGAAUGGAUUAUCUCCCAAAAAGUGAGAAAUAAAAGCAAUCAUAGCUUUAUUUCCUGUUCUGUGACUGUCUUUUUGGUAACAUCUGAAAUAACAUGCUUGGGAGAUAUAAUGAUUUUAUUUCAGUGCAAAAACAAACAACGUGCUUGUUUUUUUCCUUUACAAAUUCACUCCUUUAUUUCUGCCCCUGAAUGAGCCAAUCAUGUGUAGAACUGAUAAUAACACUCGUCAUCAAGGUCACACACCCACAUCCUGGCAACUUCUCAAACAUUCAGUAAACCCACAUACAUAGACUUCUUGUUCUUAAUGGACUGAAAAUAUACAGAUAAUCCAAGUGUCUUCUUGUUUGGAAAUUGUUUGUUUGGUAAUUAAGUUAAAGCAAAGAUUCACCCUGGAUUUGUAUCACCGAUUGUGUUUGCAUGUACAUUUUAUUUUUAUCUUGACAUUUUAUUUCAGCACUUCAUAAUAUUUCAUGUAUAAAUGUUUAGUUGUGAACAUUUUCAAGUGUUUGACUGUGAAAGUGUUUUGCCAGCUGGUUUGGAAAGUUUAAGUCCCAAUUUGCCUUGUACAUUUUCCAUUUCCACAGCUUUUCUUGUCCCCUCCAUGUUUUAUUUUUCUUCUUCUUUUCUUAGCUUGCACCAAAGCAUGGAAAUUCUGAGUAACAUUUUGAGUCACUCCAUAUUUUCCAAGGAUUUUUAGAAUAAACUGUGUGUACAAAG